GUCGCGGGGAGAACAAACUUGAAAGUAGGAAAAAUAACCCUGAACCUCUCUUUAGUCUUUAGUUGUCUGUUCCGCCGCCGAAAGCAACCGCAACAUAUCCCCCGGCGACGAAUAGAUUUUUUAUUCAAGGAACAUGGACACGGAAAAUGAUACAGAGAGGAAUUUAGAUGGAGAUAAUAAUGUGAGAAGAAGGAGCAGAAGGAAAUCUUUACCUGUGAGUGGAGCACGAGAACAUAAAGAGCAGUUACAGAAACUUCAGCAGAAGGACCCUGAAUUUUAUGAGUUCUUGAAAGAGCACGACAAGGAGUUGCUUCAAUUCAGUGAUGAUGAUAUUGAUGAAGAUGUGGAUACUGACAUGGAAGAUGGAGAUCUGCAGGUAGCUGAGGAGGCUGGUGAGGAUGAAAUUCAAGAAAAGGAACAAAAACCCUCUAAGAAAGUUAUUACCACUUCCAUAGUUGAUUUGUGGUGCAAAUCAAUUCAAGAAAAUGGAAGCCUAAGUGCAAUUCGUUCCCUAAUGAGAGCUUUUAAGACAGCAUGCCACUAUGGUGAUGAUGGGGGGAAUGAGUCUAUGACUAAGCUUAGUGUAAUGUCUAGCACAGUAUUCAACAAAAUAAUGUUGACUGUACUUAAUGAAAUGGAUGGAAUACUCAGAAAUUUGUUGAAGCUUCCUGCUUCUGGUGGAAAGAAAGAGACUAUAACAGAUUUAAUGACCACAAAGCAUUGGAAGAAUCAUGGCCAUUUAGUGAAGUCUUACCUUGGAAAUGCUCUCUAUGUUUUGAACCAAAUGACUGACACACAAAUGAUAUCAUUUACUUUAGGUCGGCUUAAAUAUUCUUCAUUGUUUUUGGCUGCUUUUCCUUCACUCCUAAGGAAAUACAUUAAGGUGGUCCUUCAUUUCUGGGGUACUGGUGGAGGUGCCCUUCCAGUUGUUUCGUUUCUGUUUCUGAGAGAUUUAUGUAUCCGAAUUGGAUCUGGCUGCGUAGAUGAAUGCUUCAGAGGGAUAUAUAAAGCCUAUGUUUUGAACUGCCACUUUGUAAAUGCAGUGAAACUUAAACAUAUCCGAUUUCUUGGCAAUUGCGUCAUUGAACUUCUUGCUGUGGAUCUUCCAACUGCAUAUCAACAUGCCUUCAUUUACAUCCGGCAACUGGCUAUGAUUUUAAGGGAGGCACUUAAUACGAAAACUAAGGAAGCUUUUCGCAAGGUUUAUGAGUGGAAAUUCAUGAACUGUCUUGAACUUUGGACUGGUGCUGUCUGUGCCUACGGUUCAGAAUCUGACUUAAAGCAACUUGCCUAUCCAUUGACCCAGAUAAUUUCUGGGGUAGCCCGUCUGGUUCCCACAGCUAGAUAUUUUCCCCUUAGGUUGAGAUGUAUCAGAAUGCUGAACCAGCUUGCAGCUUCUACCCAUUCUUUUAUACCAGUGUCUAUGCUCCUUUUGGACAUGCUGGAGAUGAAAGAGUUGAAUAGGCCCCCUACAGGAGGUGUUGGUAAAGCUGUUGACUUGCGUAGUACACUGAAGGUUAGCAAGAUGACCCUAAAGACACGAGCAUUUCAAGAGGCAUGUGUUUUUUCUGUGGUCGAAGAGCUUGCUGAACACUUGUCACAGUGGAGUUAUUCUAUUGCAUUCAUGGAGUUGUCUUUUAUUCCACUUGUGAGGUUGCGAAGCUUUUGCAAAAGGACCAAAGUGGAGAGGUUUCGGAAAGAAAUGAGGCAGCUUAUACGCCAGAUUGAGGCUAAUUCUGACUUUGUGAAUGGAAGGCGCAUGUCAGUUUCCUUUUUACCGAAUGAUCCUGCAGCAGCAUCUUUUCUUGAGGAUGAAAAGAAAGCAGCUUCUACUGCACUGUCAAAGUAUGUCAUAACACUCCACCAGAGAGCAGAGCAAAAGAACAACUCUUUAAUGGAAUCCAGUGUCCUUGUGGGAGAAGAGUCGUCUAUUUUUGGGAAUGAAAUAUCAGAAAGUGACGAAGACGAUGCUAAAAGGAAUGAGGAGGGUGCUGCUGUCUUUAGUUCAUCAUGGUUACCUGGAAAUGACUCUAAGGCAAAACAUCCUACAGAAACAAAAGGAAAGCGAAAAAAGAAGCAGAAAGAGAGAGUCAUUGAUGACGAUGUUGUGGAGGACUUGGUACUUAGUUCUGACGAAGAUUUGCCUUCAAGCGAAAGUCCUUCUGCUGGUAAAAAUUACGAGGUAGAUGAUUUACCACCAAAACAAAAACGCAAGCAGAAGCAUAGACCAAAAAGGUUGAAAAAACAAUAAAUCUCUCUUGGAGGGGAAACAGUGACAUGUCUAGUUAGUGACCUCUAUUCUGUAUUCAUACUUCUACGGGGAAAAUGACAGAAAAGUUUUGACAGUGUUAUCAUUCGUUUCCAUUUUACCUUCACAUUAUUUUGCAUUCUUGCUUUUGCAUAAGCUUAAUUGAACUGUUGGAAACUUCUCUAAUUAAUCUGCUAUUAAUCAACCAUGAAUUUGACAUG